CUAAAAUAUUCUCUGUUUUAGUGUGAGAGAGAGAGCGAGAGAUAUGAAAGCUUAAAGCUUUGAGAAAGAGCAACUACUGUGUGUAUAAACUAUCAAUAUUAUUAGUCUUCUCGUCUUCCUUAAGAUCCCAACAGCUAUUGAAUCCAAUUUGUUCUUGGGUCUUGUUAAAAGUUUUCGACUUUGCUCAAUUUGUCGAAUUUGCCAUCGAAAAUUUAGUAAAAUGCGUGGCCUUGAUCGAUGGAUAGCUGAAGCAAUCAGAUCAGAGUCAUUAGAUCACAAUGGUCAAAUCAUCUGCGGUGGGUUGUUUCUCGAAGAAUCUCUUCCUUCCUCGUCUGUCUCUUUUCUUUCGUCGAAGGAUUGUUCCGUCAAUUCGUGUCGCUUCAGUCAAAAGUCGAGUUUUUUGAAGUUUAGGAGACGAAACGGGACCAGGGAACCUCUGUUUCUGUCUGUUAGUUUAUCGAUUAACGAGAGUAAUGGUGAGGAAGAAGAAGGUGAAGGGUAUAAUGGUCAAAACGGCUUUAAAUCGGAGAAAGGUUCGGUGUUGAUCGGUGGUGGUCAAGAAUCUAAGGAGAAGCGUAGGGUUAAGGAAAAUGGAGCAGGAGCUCUCAACACAACCAAGCAUUUAUGGGCUGGAGCUUUUGCAGCCAUGGUUUCAAGAACUUGCAUUGCACCUCUUGAACGGAUGAAGCUAGAAUACAUUGUUCGCGGAGAGCAAGGGAAUCUUCUUGAACUCAUUCAGAGGAUUGCAACAAAUGAAGGGAUUAGAGGAUUUUGGAAAGGGAAUUUGGUUAAUAUUCUCAGAACUGCUCCCUUUAAGUCCAUCAACUUCUAUGCAUAUGAUACAUAUAGAGGUCAGCUUCUGAAAUUGUCCGGGAAUGAAGAAACGACAAAUUUCGAGAGGUUUGUUGCUGGUGCAGCUGCCGGAGUAACAGCUAGUUUGCUUUGUCUACCACUUGAUACUAUAAGAACGGUUAUGGUGGCACCCGGUGGAGAAGCAUUAGGUGGUGUAGUUGGUGCAUUCCGUCACAUGAUUCAAACUGAAGGUUUCUUUUCCCUAUACAAAGGUCUUGUACCUUCACUUGUUAGUAUGGCUCCAUCGGGAGCUGUGUUCUACGGUGUCUAUGAUAUUUUAAAAUCAGCUUACCUUCAUACACCGGAAGGUAAGAAACGGCUUGAACACAUGAAGCAAGAAGGUGAAGAACUUAAUGCUUUCGAUCAACUCGAGCUUGGUCCCAUGAGAACUUUGUUAUAUGGAGCAAUCGCAGGGGCUUGCUCAGAAGCAGCAACAUAUCCGUUUGAAGUUGUGAGAAGGCGUUUACAAAUGCAGUCACAUGCUAAAAGGUUAAGCGCAGUGGCUACUUGUGUGAAGAUCAUUGAACAAGGAGGUGUUCCUGCUCUAUAUGCUGGCUUGAUUCCCAGCUUAUUGCAGGUUUUGCCUUCCGCGGCAAUCAGUUACUUUGUUUACGAGUUCAUGAAAGUUGUUCUGAAAGUAGAAUCAUCCGCAUAAGACAAUAAGCAAUGAGAAAUGACACAAUUACUGCUGGAGCUGCUUCAGAGGAGAGUUUUUUCGUUUUCUUUUUGGGGUUUACACUGAUUCGUGUAGUUUUUCCACACUUCAUCGAAAACAGAUAAGAGGUUGUGAAACGUUUUUUUGCAAGAAAUAAUAAGAUUUGGGUAAAAAUCCAAUUUGGUUUCCUGUGUUCUGAUAUAUAAACCUUGAUUUAAACAUACAACAAUCACAGAAUGUUUGGAAGAAUGCCAUUAAGACAAGAAAUCAAAUGAAAAUAGAUUCUCUUUCGCGAAGAUAAGUCUUCAUAUCUAAAAUCACAACUGCCUUAAAGACAUCAAGCCAAGACCACACCAUACGAGUCUCUUUGAGUUCUCUUUACGGUUGCCAUCCAUAUUGUUGGUUUCUAGCACCACCCAUAGGGUUCUGACCUCUUCCAGAGCCACCAGAUCCACCAUACUGACCACCACCUUGUGAGUAGUUGGGUGGUCCAACACCAUAGCCACCGCUAGGUCCUCUAGGACCGGCGCCAUAUGGUGCACCACGACCUUGUGGAGGAUAUGCUCCGCUGCUGUAACCUCCACGGCUCUGAUUAUUAUAACCACCAGUCUGGUUUCCGCUAGGAGGGUACCGGUUUGGAACAGGUGCACCACCACGGGGCUUUCCUCCAUAGUAAUGGCCACCAGCAGGUAUUUGGGGUGGUGGUGCGUUGUUGUUCAUAGGGUGGUUUGGUCCAGCAGGCCAAAGUGGAGCGGCAUGAGACUGGCCAACACCGUGUUGC